CCCAUCUGUUGCCCGGAAUUGCUCCGCCAUCGUACUUCAAAAUGCUGGGCGGAACAGGCUUGAGAGGUCCUGGCGCUGUUGCUGGCCUUGCCAGGCAGAGAUUGACUACGUCUGCAUCUCCCAGUCGAUCAAUCUCCUCUUUUGCCGGCCGCGUCCCACGAGUGUCUGCACGCUUGGGAAAGGCAAAUGCCAUUCUCGCGUCUAGCUCUCCGUCGAGGGCCACAGCCUUGCCAGCAUUUCGAACAAUUUCCGCUCGUUUCAACUCUACCUCUUCGGCCGCGCCGGCAGCUGCCGCGACAACUGCGAAUAGUGCUGCUGCUGAUGGCACAGGUGCGCUGGAUGCGGUCGAUGUUACCGAUCUAUCUGCUACAGAUAUCACACAGAUCCCCGAGCAUGUGGGAUAUCUGAAGGACAUCGGGCUGGACUAUGGAUGGGGUCCGUCGGCCUUUAUCGAAUAUGUCCUUGAGCAUAUUCACAUCUACACCGGCUUGCCAUGGUGGGCAAGCAUUGCGGCAACGGGUCUAUUAGUCCGUGCUGCUCUUUUCAAGCCUACGAUGUCCGCAUCAGAUACCUCGGCCAAGAUCUCGAACCUCAAGCCGAUCUCCACGCCUCUUCGGGCCAAGAUGAUGUACUAUGCGCGCGAAGGUAAUAACCAGGAAAUGCUGAAGGCCAGAGCAGAGUUGCAGGAACUUCAUGACCUCCAUGGAGUCAAGUCGUGGAAGGCUUUUGUGCCUAUGCUACAGAUUCCUAUCGGAUACGGUUGCUUCAGAGUCGUGAGAGGAAUGGCCGCUCUGCCGGUGCCCGCCCUCGCUAUGGAGCAGAUUGGAUGGUUGAAGGAUCUGACUGUCUCUGAUCCUUACUUCAUCCUUCCUACCUUCGCGGCUGGAUGUCUGUUUUUGACCUUCCGGAAAGGUGGUGAGAACGGAAUGAACGAAUUCACCAGGACGACCAUGGGCAAGGCUAUCCUUUACGGUCUUCCCGCUAUUUCGUUUGUCUUCAUGGCCUUCUGGCCGAGUGCCCUUCAGAUCUAUUUCUGCACGACUGGUGCCUUUGCUCUGUGCCAGGCGUAUCUUCUCAACUCCCCCAGCUUCCGUAGAAGAUUUGGCCUGGAGAUUCCCAUCCCCGCGCUGCAAACAUCCGCGGGACCUUCGCAGGCGGGCGGAGACAACACCCCCAGCAGGGGCCUUCGCCUGAUCUAUGAUGCGAUCGAGGCGGAAAAGGCCAAGGCAGCCAAGGCUAUGGAAGAGAAGCCCGCAGCUAAUGUAAGCAUCAUCGACCGUGCCAUUAACUCCGUCAAAGAAGGCUCCAAUAAGUUCAGGAGCGAGAUGCAAGAAAAGAUGAACGAGCUUAGCGGCCAGGGACCGGUAACAAAUGCUCACGGUACGCCUGCAGCGCCGCCGAGACUAAGUGAGAAGGACCUGAAGAUGGCAGAGGACUAUGACAAGAGACGGAGAGAAGAAGAGGAAUGGAAGCGAGAGGAGAGAAACCACGCUCGGAGAGAAGCACACCUCCGAGCUUUGGAAGCCGAGAGAGAGAAGGCCAGACGAUCCUGGCUCAAGCAGAGCCAGCAAUCCGCAGCCAAAGCCAAGGCCAAGCAAAGGUGAAAAGAAGAAAAAAACAAAUAAACCUUCUGUGGAUCUGCAUUCUCUCGUUCUGGUUGAAACAAAGGAAACUAUUUGGUUUUCUCUUGCCGGAGUUUUCGCUGUUGACGGCAAAUAUGUAUUCAUGGGAGCUUUCCUUUUUUUUUUCGCACCGUUGGCAGAGGUUAUCCCCGCUAUCAUCCUUGUAAAUUAUGCUGCUAUGUACCAUUGUAGACUUCAUCUUCAAGAAUCCUAUAUAAGAAACAAAGAACGCAAUUCUUGAUCUUGUCGGAGACCAGAAAUCUAUGCCCCCUUUUUCCAAAUCAUAG